AUGACGCGGUAUACAUCGCGCGGUUUCUUCCAAAUCGUGCAGAGCCCGUACGUGGUGCGCGUGGUUGGCAUUAGCUACGUGCGUCUUCUCGACGUCGAGCUCGUCCUCGAGUACAUGGACAAGGGCGACCUGCAGCACCAUUUGGAGGCGACGCGAUCCAACGCAACGCUGCUCUUUCCGUGGCCGCAAAAGAUUGCGGUUGCCAAAGACAUUGCGAAAGGCCUCUUGGCGCUGCACAUGGCUGGCAUCGUCCACCGCGACCUCAAGUCCCGCAACGUUCUCUUCAACCACGCAAUGCAGGCAAAAGUCUCGGACUUUGGCGUCGCGCGCCAAGCCACAACCGCUACGAUGACCAUGGGUGUCGGCAGCUACCGCUGGACCGCCCCCGAAGUCUUGGAAGGCAAGCGCUAUGGGGUUGCCGCCGACGUCUACUCGUUCGGCAUGAUCCUCUCCGAGUUGGAUACGCACCACGUGCCGUACUAUGACCUCCAGCAGCCGCUCCAAUCGCUGCGCGACUUUGUGCUCUUGCGCGACCGGCCGGCCGCGCAGCAGCUUGUUAAUGUUUCGGACGGCGUGCUCAUGGAGCGCGUCAUGAGCGGCGGCGUCGAGCCCAGCUUCAGCACGAGCUGCCCCGACGUCGUCUACAACCUCGCGAUCCAGUGCAUCGCGUUCGAUCCGGCGGCGCGCCCCAAGGCCAAGGACAUCGUUCGGUACCUGCGGGACGCACUGCGACAGUGUUAG